CGUGCACCCCGGAAACCGUGGCGGACAACCCGCAUAUAAGAGCCUCGAACCUGGCUCCUCUUGUAGCAUUCUUUUCCAUAAAACAGUAGGAUCCAAACAUGAAGAUCAUCGACAGAGAAGAAAAAGAAGCACACGCAGCUCAUGUGAUGGCUGAGGGCUUCCGCGGCAUGUUCUAUGGGUCCAUCAUUUCGGCCGGUCUCUUUGCGUACUUGAAAACAAGACACCCGGCACGGUUUGCCAAGUUCAACACGUCCAUCAAAGCGUGCGUGCUCAUCAUGCCCACGAUCUCGCUCGCAGCGUUUUAUGCGGACGACGGCUCGUUGGAAUUCGACAAGAAAAUGUACUCGGCGGGCCACACCAACAAGCAGGUCUUGGAGCAAUAUCGCGAGUGGAAAAACAUGCCAGCCUCCGACAGGAUCGUCACGCUGCUCAGCACGCACAAGUAUAAGAUCAUCUUGGCUUCCUGGGCCGCCUCCAUGUAUGGCUCGUGGAAGCUUGUUAACCGGGACAAGAUCAUGACGGCGCCCCAAAAGUUGGUCCAGGCCCGUAUGUAUGCGCAGGCCAUAACCGUUGUGCUUCUCUUGGCAACAAUGGUUCUAGCCAUGAAGGAGGAGGAGGUCAAGAGUCACCAGCCAGCGCCUCUUCCGGAGUGGAGGAGGGUGUUGAUCGACAGAGAGGCGGCCGCGAUGGAGAGCCAGAGAGAAGAGGUGACUGCUGAGUAGAAGGUUGAGCCUGGACUUCUUGGAAGCAGUGCAGUGUCUUGUAAAUAGUGUUUUAAAGAAGUGUUAUGAAAUAGUUAUUUAGAGAAGUGUUAUGGAACAGUGUUCUAGAGAAGCGUUUUGGAACAGUGUUCUAGAGAAGUGUUAUGAAAUAAUUUUUUAGAGAAG